CGUGUCAGUUGCGUUGCUGUCUAUACAGGGUCGAAAAAGGCUUCGGAUUUCAUCAAAAAUAACUUAAUUUGUGUUCCGAAGAUGAACGAAGAUCUCACGGGUUUGGAACGACAUGAGGGUCGAUUUACUAAGAGGGUGUGUAACUCCGAGAGUUCAUAAUGUUAGGCUGUAAGUCAGACUGAAAAAGCAAAGCACCAGACGAAACGGGGCGAACUGACGGACUGACGCGCACUAAAGCAUGAGGAGCAGCAGCCAGUGUGAACGCGGAGCAGCUCAGAGCGCGAUGAGCCCAGCACACAACUCAGCCCUGAUGCUCGCUGUCCUCUUCAUCUCCUUCAUACCCAUCACCACAAGUGCUCCAGUGCUCUUGAAUCCAUCUUCAAUAGAGCAUGAGCAGUUACUAUCCCAGAUAACUGAUCUGUGCUCAUUCUACCUCUCCGCAGAACCAUCCUUUAGAACAUCUGAUGUCCUGGAGGACCUGUGUUUCCUAAUGCUGGGAUCACUGCAAAAAUCGCAGGAGAUCACAGCUCGAGAGACCAGCAAAAGGUUUUUAUUUCAUUACACUAAACCGAAUGGUGCAGGAUUGUCAGAUGGGACGUCUACUGUGUUGCACCCUCUUCUGGAGCUCAUACCCCAGCUUGCCAGAAGAAGAAGCAGGAGAAUGAAAUUAAAUGUAUGUAUCCUGCAUGCUUACCUUCAUUCAGACUACAUUAGCGCUGAGGACCUUCAGGGGCCCGGACGGAUCCAGAGCAGAGGGUACUUCCUUUAUCGGCCACGAAAUGGAAGAAGAUCUGAUGAGUAUGUGUAAAACGAAGAAUUAAACAAUCAGCAGCACCAGACCCCGUCCCGCUGGUGUGCUGAUCCAGAGCCAGUCAACCUUGAAACGUCACGUCACUCGUUCUAGAAAACACCCCUCUAUUGAUAUGUGAUGUUGAAUGUACAGACAGAAUCCAAAUAAAGUCUUUUAUCUGUUCAAACGUUCCUGUUUGUGUAACUGUGCCGUGUCUUUUGAAUUAAAAGCAUUCUAAAAUGUUUCUUCAUUGUGGCAGUGUAUGUGUUCUACUGUAUAUCUACCUUAUGUUACCAAAGA